CCUUCCUCUGGCUGCUCUGGGAUCCUGCUUUCUGCUCCUUGCCUGGCCUUGUAGAAGGGAAAAUCCUGUCCUGUUCAUUCCUGACAGUUCUCUGCCCAAGACCUUUCUCUGUCCAACAGCCUGAUCCUGUCAAGCUUGCCGACAUGUACAGUUUCAUGGGUGCUGGCCUGUUCUGUGCGUUCAUGGGGAACGUCCUGCUGGUGGUGUCGACGGCAACCGACUACUGGAUGCAGUACCGCCUUUCAGGCAGCUUUGCCCACCAGGGGCUCUGGAGAUAUUGCAUUGCAAACAAAUGCUACAUCCAAACGGACAGCAUAGCCUACUGGAAUGCGACCAGAGCGUUUAUGAUCCUGGCUGCGAUGUCGUGUUUCGCUGGUCUGAUUGCGGGAGCUCUCGCUUUCGCUCAGUUCAGUUUCUUUGAGAGAUUCAACCACACGCUUGCUGCUGGAAUCCUGUUCCUCAUCUCGAUGUUCCUGCUGCUCAUUGCGAUGGCUGUCUACACGGGAGUUACCGUUAACUUCCUUGGGAAGCGUUUUGGGGACUGGCGAUUCUCCUGGUCCUACAUCCUAGGCUGGGUGGCAAUGCUUCUCACCUUCUUUGCAGGAAUAUUUUAUCUGUGCGCCUACCGGAUGAGUGAGGGUCGCAGGAUGUCGGGACCCCGCUAGGAGCUGUCAUCCUGGAACUGGGAACAUCCAGCUCCUUUCCUGAACCUGCCUGGGACUUGGGAUACCUGAGCAGCCAGGAGUUUGAUCAGAAACUGUUUUUAUUGAGUUGUGGGUGAAAGCCCGAUUCCGAUUCCAGGCUGGAGUACUCCUGAAAAUCCAUUAAACAUGCAUCAAGCUGCAGAGAGACAGAAAUACAGAGUUCUUUUGAGCAUCUCAGGGUUUUGUGUCUGACUUUCCAUUUAAUUCUCAGAUCCAUGC